GCGCGGAUCAGGGGCGCGGGUCUAGAGACCCACAGGCACCGGCGAGGGCACAAGCUGGGAACGUGUGUGACUCUCGGGGCCCACGGAACUGUCCGCUACUUCGGGUCCCCGCGAGUGCCGAGCGCCGGCUCCGAACUCUGUUCGCAGCUGGUAGUGGGGCUGGGGGGCUUCGCGGAGUCCUUGAAGUGGAGCGACGCUGGGUCCUCUGCUUGUCCCCUGGAGGGGAGGGCCUACGGGCGGGGACAUCGGGGCGCGUCCUUCCCACGGCGUGGUGCAUUUGGGCUUCACCCACCGGGGGGCGUUUCCUAAGACCCUCAGGGAUCUCAGAGGCGAGGUAACCUGAGGACCAGACAGACUGAUUCUGGGAUCACUGAGCCCGGCUACUCCCGUGGAACUAGAGAAACGCCGCCAAGACUGAAGUUCAAGGCCCUGUCUUCCCGGUGGAACUGACGUUUGUGGCAAGUCAAGCUCAGGGACAAGACGCUGUCAUCACAGAUCGGCGCUCCGUGGCCUGCCUGGCCACUUCCAGUCGACAUGGUGGACACAGAGAGCCCCAUCUGUCCCCUCUCUCCACUCGAGACGGAUGACCUGGAGAGUCCCUUAUCAGAAGAAUUCUUACAAGAAAUGGGAAACAUCCAAGAGAUUGCUCAGUCCCUUGGGGAAGAGAGUUCUGGAAGCUUUAGUUUCACGGACUACCAGUAUUUAGGAAGCUGUCCGGGCUCUGAGAGCUCUCUCAUCACAGACACACUCUCUCCAGCUUCCAGCCCCUCCUCAGUCAGUUGCCCUGUGAUCCCCACCAACACGGAUGAAUCCCCAGGCAGUGCACUGAACAUUGAGUGUCGGAUAUGUGGGGACAAGGCCUCAGGCUACCACUACGGAGUCCAUGCGUGUGAAGGCUGCAAGGGCUUCUUUCGGCGAACUAUUCGACUAAAGCUGGUGUAUGACAAAUGUGACCGAAGCUGCAAGAUUCAGAAAAAGAACAGGAACAAAUGCCAGUACUGCCGCUUCCACAAGUGCCUGUCUGUUGGAAUGUCACACAAUGCAAUUCGUUUUGGGCGGAUGCCAAGAUCAGAGAAAGCAAAACUGAAAGCAGAAAUUCUUACAUGUGAACAUGAUCUGGACGAUUCGGAGACUGCAGACCUCAAAUCUCUGGCCAAGAGAAUCCACGAGGCCUACCUGAAGAACUUCAACAUGAACAAGGUCAAGGCCCGGGUCAUCCUCGCAGGAAAGACCAGCAAUAACCCACCUUUCGUCAUACAUGACAUGGAGACCUUGUGUAUGGCUGAGAAGACGCUUGUGGCCAAGAUGGUGGCCAAUGGCAUCCAAAAUAAGGAGGCAGAAGUUCGUAUCUUCCACUGCUGCCAAUGUAUGUCCGUGGAGACCGUCACCGAGCUCACAGAAUUCGCCAAGGCCAUCCCAGGCUUUGCAAACUUGGACCUGAAUGACCAAGUAACCUUGUUAAAGUACGGUGUGUAUGAAGCCAUAUUCACAAUGCUGUCCUCCUUAAUGAACAAAGACGGGAUGCUGAUAGCGUAUGGCAACGGCUUCAUCACGCGGGAGUUCCUGAAGAACUUGAGGAAACCAUUCUGUGACAUCAUGGAGCCCAAGUUUGAUUUUGCCAUGAAGUUCAAUGCCCUCGAACUGGAUGACAGUGACAUUUCCCUUUUUGUGGCUGCUAUAAUUUGCUGCGGAGAUCGGCCUGGCCUUCUAAACAUAGGAUACAUUGAGAAGAUGCAGGAGGGUAUCGUCCACGUGCUCAAGCUCCACCUGCAGAGCAACCAUCCCGAUGAUACCUUUCUCUUCCCGAAACUUCUUCAAAAAAUGGUGGACCUUCGGCAGCUGGUCACGGAGCAUGCGCAGCUCGUGCAGGUCAUCAAGAAGACCGAGUCCGACGCAGCGCUGCACCCGCUACUGCAGGAGAUCUACAGGGACAUGUACUGAUUUCUCCCGAGAUGGCAGCCAUGGCCACCGUCCAGGGACCUCUGAGGUCUGCAGCCCCACACAGGAGAGCAGGGAUUUGCACAGACGAUCACCCUCCUACCCUUGGAGAUGAAGAGGGCUGAGCCUAGGUAAUGCAGGCUCUUCCCACAUCUUUCCUUUCUGAAUUGGGCACUUCUAAGAACACCUGUUUCUCAAACGCUGGUGAGCGGAGGCGGAUAGGAUUCAGACAAUCACAGGGAAUGGCAGGCCCCAGGCUGAUCUUAACCAGUCCCGCGCUAAUCAACGCACAUUUUUCUACAUCACGUUUAUAAUUUGCCCCUAUAAUUAAUGUGUAACCUCAAAGUCUGAGUGUUUUCGUCUCUGCUCACCGACCUUCUGGCUGUUUGUGCCGUUGUAAAUCCUGAAAACUAAUCUGCACUUUUUAACCAAUGUCUGAUACACAAAGGCAGGAUGAACCCCGAGUGACAAGUUCUGCAAUCCUGUUCAUGUUAACCCCAUAGCGUGUGGGCAUGACAGCAGUUCCAGAGAUGGAGUCACAGAAGAUCUAUAAAUGCUCCUCUAGGCCCUCUCUGGCAGCUCCUUUAAUAUGACACUUUAUGGCUUUUUUGUUUUUAAAUUUGAUGGGGAGAUACUCCCUGGAGUGGAGAAGGCAAAGGUGACUUUACUACCCAGGCUUGGAGGGUCUGGUCACCCUGGAGAACAAGAGGCAGGGGUGUGGUGUCCUUCCCCUUCUCUCCGUACUCAAUAGAAGAUCUCACAACACUUGAUUGGGUUUUUGUUGUUGUGUUGUUUUAUUUCAGAGAAUUAGAUGAUAAAGUCCCUUUUCUUCAGUCCCAGUGGGCAAGCAGUGCUGACUACCUUCGGGAAAAACAGUUGGCGCAGAGAAUUCGCAGACCUCACGGACCUGCCAGCACCUGCCCUCCAAGAGGGUGGCUGCAUAUUUCCAAUCAGGGUGUAGCUUUUGUGCCCCUGCCCCAUCUUUAGAAAAUUUUGAUUCUUCUGACGUCACAUUAUCUGUUGUUAAAGAAUGAUCAAGAUGGAUACUGCCAGGGAGUUGGGGAUGUAGCUCAGUUGGCAGAACCCUAGUGCUGCUUUCUACUGGGCAUGGUGGUGCGUGCCUGUAACCUCAAAAUGUUUAAGGUCACCUUCAUAUAAAUACUUAAGUUUGAUUCCAGUCUGUGCUGCAUGAGACCCUGUUUUUCUUUAAAAAAAAAAUUGAUGCAGAUAAAAUAUUCAAGAUCAGCAUUAUGAAGAGAGUAGAGUAUGGAAAUAUGGCCAUGAUAGUUCAAGUAGGAAAAGGGAAAAUUAGGAUCAAGACAUGCCUUAAGAUUUGCACACUUAUGGCUGAGUGGUGGUUGUGCACACCUUUAAUCCCCACACUCGGGAGGCGCAGGCAGGUGGACCUCUGUGGGUUUUGGGUCCAGCCUAGUAGGGCCAGCCUGGUCUACAGAGUUAGUUCAAGGACAGUCAAGGCUACACAGAGAAACCCUGUCUCAAAAAACAAAAUAGAAUGAGUCUUUUUCUGUCCCACCAGCCAGCUCCCAAAUAAUGACACAGAAACUUCUGAUUAAUUACAAAAGCUUGGCCUAUAGCUUAGGCUUCUUCCUAACUAGCUCUUAUAACUUAAAUUAACCCACUUAUAUUAAUCUAUGUUCUAUCACAUGGCAUUACCUCUCUUCCAUCUUGGACCUCCUGUUUCCUCUUCAUGUCUCCUGGAGUCUCUAGGGUGUUGAGAUUCCUCCCCCUCUUCCUUUCUCUCCCUUUCUCUCUUCCAGCCUAUACCUCUCCUGCCUAGCCAUUGGCCGUUCAGCUUUUUAUUACACCAAUCACAGCACUACAUCAUCAUACCGUGUACAAAUAUCCCACAACAUCUCCCUCUCUCUUUCUUUCUCUCCUUCCUCCAUGUCUUCUUUCCUCUCUUCCUUCCUCAUUCUCGCUUUCCCACUUUUCCCUCCUCCCUUCCUGCCAGACAAAGGCUCCGCUGGACAGCAGUCCCUGCAGGUAGUCUGCCCAGGCUCUCAGGAAUCAGUGGCAGAGCAAAUCAGCUCCAUGUAUGAUCCCAGUGAGGGUUGAGCUCAUUCGGGAAGAAGCCGGCCUCUGUGGCACAUGGCAUACCCAGUCUUUGGUCCUUCCAUCAGGCUAGAGCUGGACCUAGGUUUAAAGGGUUAAAGGUUGGAUUCCAGUUCCAAGUCUCUUCAGUGCACCUGGCCCCAACCAGGGUAGACUCCUGUUCUAAUGGGCCUUAGACAAAUGCCACUCCAGGGUAGGUGACCUUGGAAAGAGAGUUUUGAAUCAUGGCUUUUUGGAGUAGCCAUGCACUCUAUUUGAACUUCCAUAAAACUUAUAAAAGUAGCCCCUUGCCGUAUGCUUUCAGCAUGGACCACACAGCUGACUGACAGCUCUGUGUCGGCUUGCAUCAGAGCUGAUGCUCAGUGGUGUUCAUGAAGAUGCUGUUUUCUCAGAGCCUUGUGUGACUGCCAGUGAGUUAUCCCCAGUGAAACCAGGAGGGACCACAGUGACCUUGGCUUGAAAGUCACUCUGACUUUGUGCACUUUCAUUAAUAGGAAGGAUAUUCAUGAUGUGGCUACAUAGUGAUAGGAUCUUUCAGGUCACCUAGUCAGAUAUAGCAAGGUGACGGUCACCCAAGCCUUGCCAGGUCAAAUACUGUAGCACAUGUAGGAACGAUAAUGUGGGCAACUGUGGUCUGCCAGAAGUCAGUGACAUCAACCAAUAGCCCAGUAAGAGAUGCCACCUUGGUUCCUGGAGCUCUAGAGCAGGGGUGUGGAGCCACUUCUCGGCACUGAGGGCAAAACUCUCCUGGUGCCAGACUCCUUGGAGACCAGUAGGGACCAAGUCUCUCCUCCUCAACUCCUGUGUCCAGGAGAUGUAUGUGUCUCUGUGAACAAACAUCUGCUGUUAAAGGGAGCUUUAAAGAUGCACUUUGUGCAAAAAUGGCUGUUAUCUAUUGAACUGAGGUCUACCUGACUUCCUCUGUGAUCCUGUCUACAGGGGCCACUCCACUAGUCCCUCCCUCCAUACCACCUCUUUCCAAUCAUCUUAUAGGCCUUUCCCCAGGAGAGAUUCUUGAAGCAGACCUUCAGCGAACAUGGCCCCUGGGCUGCUCUACACUCAGCUUGUAUCUGUCUGAUCCCAAACAUAUCUCACCUUGAGCCUUUAUCAACACACCAUGACAUGGGCUAUGCUGGACACUCAGCAGCCUGACGCAUGGUGGAAAGGGAUUUUUGCCCUGCUUCAAUGGCCGUGUAUUUUGAAAAUUUCUUGCUAAAGUUCAGCUUAAAGGUUUUUGGGUGUCCCCUGAGAUUGACUAGCUUUUGGCCCAGGGCCUCCUAGAGCCAGAAAGCCCACCACCUUUGCAGAAUCUCUCUUUAACCUUUGUGGCCUUUCGAGAUGAAGAUCCCACUAGAAAAAUGUAGUCAGUCCCAGUGUCCCCACUUCACAGCCUCUGGAGGGAUGAGAACAGGAACCUAAACGGAUCUUCAAGUAGACACCACCAGCCUGAUGGCUGGAGGGUCAGCCUGGUUUCCCGGCGGCCCACCAGGCACCACUCUGUCCCCAGUCCCGCUUGUAUGGCUGACACCCGUGAACAGAAUAGGGUAAGAAUAUCAGAGCAACAGUCUGACUCAGAACAGAGAUGGCCUUCGUCUUUCUUUGAAAACACAACACACACUAAGACUGCAUUAAGACAGGUUUGGAUUUAAAUUACUAGAUCAUGUGCCUCACUGAGCCUCCUCUGAGGAAUGUAUUGGCAUCUCUGGUUUUUCCUCAGUGGAGUGGGAUAUUCAGGCCCCUUGUCAGGACAGAGUGGGAGAGGCCUGUCACCAGUCUGGGAUCCCGAGGACAUUUUUUUCAGCAUCAGACCCCAGCCAACAGCUGUCGCAUCCAUGUCUCAGAAUCUCAGAGACAUGAGAAGCAGAGCUUGUUGCUUUGCUCCCUCAAGAGAACUCCUUUUGUCAGGGAGAGUGGUUGCAUAGUGAGGCGCACCUUUUGGGGAGUCCUGUGCCAACCAGAACUGUGAUCAAACUGUAUCUGUGGUCACUGUCAUGUCUUGACCAUGCAGCUGACAGCACCCGACACCUCAGUGGCUGCCAGGUGCCAUUGUUGGCAAAGAAAAACGAGAAAUAUCAAGUUUUAUGUCAUAGACAGCAACCAAGCUGUUUCAUUUUCUUUUUAUUUAAAAGUUUGCCAGUUGAGGUCAAAUAUAAAAACUCUGGAAUUAUCUGUGGGGAGAGGAUAUAAUAGUCUCCUCUUCACAUCUCUUUCCCCCUUGUCCAGCUUCGAAUUCAUUUAUUCAGUGAAACAUGCUUCACCCCUGGGGCACAGGUCACCCCUACAGCGGUGAGGUCAGAGCAGAGGCUCCCUGGCCGGCCUGCAGGGGGCACUUGGGCAUCUUUCCCAGACCCCUGGGACUCAGUAUGUGUCAAGUCAUAUAGAGUCUGGAUUCAGGCCCUGAAGCCCAGCAAGUGGCUGAUCUUUUCCUGGUAAAGUUGUCACUGGGGGAAAUUUCACUUUUAAAAAAAAAGGCACAGCCAGCUCUUUUGUCAGGCCUGAAACCAAGUGUACCUCACAACAGAUGACUGCCACUUGGCACCUUUCUAGGAAGAUGUCAGUAUUAGCCAUGUUUUCUGCACUGAAUGAAAAAGAAUUAUCUUCAUAGCUAUAUCUUAAAUACUGUGAUUUCUGUUUUUUGUUUUUUAAAUGCUCUGAUACAAGCAGUUGACUAGCUUGUGAUUGUGUGUCUAAUUGCCAACACCUGGAAUCUUCUAAGUCAGGGUUCAGUGCGGUGUAUGUUCAAAGCCUGGCCCUUGAACCUGCUGGACACAGGAAGCCCAAAUACACAACAGCACCACUGCCCGUGAGCGCAUGCCCCACACCCAAGCUGUGCACUUUCUUUCCACUGUAGGAAUCUGUUCCUUUAGUCAUUGCUUUUUUUUUUCUUUUUUUUCCCCCUUGCAACAAGUGCAAGCCAAUCUGUUUGUAUCCAUCUCUGCCAGCCAGGCCUUCCUGAACCCUGACUGGAAGUCACCAACCUUACUCCGGUGUUGCUAUCAAGGCCACUGAGUAGGCUUGUAGGGUCAACAGAUGCCCGCUAUUCAGGGAAUUGUUACCUAUAAAUUACCAAAGAACUGUGGUGAUCUGAGUUGUUCCACUAUGUCUCCAUGUCAUUUCCAGUUUCCUGGCUACAUUGCUCCUUGGUGUGUCUCCAAGACCCACAAUGCCAUCACACUAGAACCCAAGGGGAGGGGUCUGACAGACACACACAAGGACAUGCUCAUUUCCAAAGCAAGGUCUGAGCCCAGCUUUCUGCAACCUGCUCACUGCUGUCCAUGUGCCAUUCCCUCAGACCUGGGGGCCUGCAGCCCUUCUUCACUUCUGUGGUAAGCACGGUCCUGAACAGGGAUUGUUGAGCCAGUGCCAGCAUCCUCUCCCACCUCCCAGCUCUUCAUGGAUACAGGGCUACCCAGGACAUCAGGAAUCCAGGGUGAACACAGAAGCACAAAUAUAAUUUACUAGUCACAUGAACUGACUGGUUCCAGGCAAUUAGAAAAUGGCUGUAACUUAACCUUAAUUAAAAAAAAUAUUGAGUCUUCUCCAUUUUCUCCAUAGGAGAUUGAACUGACUGUAUGCAUUGAUUUAUAUCCUGAAUUUAUGGGAACCUGUAUGUUUGGAAUGUCCUACUGUAAGACUGAUGAAUGUAAAGAGUUAAUUUCAGGGUACAGUUUUGCCUUAAUGGUUUUAAAAAAAUAAACUAUUUUUAAAACUUG